AUGUUCUAAGAUAAUGCGAUUCAUAACAUUAACUUAUCUUUUGGACCUAAAUAAUAAACUGCUAAUCCUAAAGUAUGUUAUAAAGAAACACCUGAUUCUCAUAUUUCACUUUAAUCAGAAGGAUUAUUAUCACCCUUCCCAGAAAGUUCUCCUUCAAAUUGGUAGAGAAAGAAAAUUACAUAUUAAAAUUCUUUCAACACUUUAGAUAAACAACAUAUUUUCUAGUUGCAAUAAACUUUGAGACCUAAAGCACAAACCUCAUAAAUGACUAAAUUUUUAAAAGUCACAAAAAUUAUGUCAAUUGUACAAAGAUUCAAGUCCAAUCUCUUCUUAAAUACUUAUAUACUACCUAAGAAAUCAAAGGAACAGUUUUCUAAGAAAGAGAAAUACCUAAAUACUUUCGUUUAAAAUGACUCAAAAAGUAAAAUCGUUUUUCAUUUUAAUAGAAAGAAACCUUCAAAGUAAAUAAAUCCCUCUUAUUUCACCAUCAAGUCCUAUUUCUUAAAUCUUUGACAUGUUAAGCAUCAUUGUUCAGUUAAUGGCUUUAUGGAUAAUUUCAAUUAUGGCUGUAUUUACUAAUCUAGACGAUAAUUAAGCUCAGAUUAUUAUAUUUACAGUUGUCUUUCUUAUUUUUGAACUUAUUUUCCAACUGAAUAGAGCUAUCAUUAUUUAAGGCCUAAUUAUAGAAGAUCGAUCUAUUAUAUUUUAAAAUUUUGUUAAACAAUCUUCUUUUCUCUAUUCUUUAGAAAUUAUCAUAUGCGUUUAUAUAACUUUCAAUAAGAACUUUUUACAAUAGAAAGGAGCGUUCUUGCUUCUUAUCUUACUUGCAGUAAUUAUCGGAAGAAUACUCUAAUAAUACGAUAAUCUGAUUGAUACAUUAUACUAACUGUCAAUUCCUAGUGAUUUACUUGAUCUAAUCACUUUAAUUAUUUCAAUAUACUAUUUUGCUCAUUUUAUAGCAUGUUGCUGGUUAUAUUGUGGACUUUUGUAAGAAGAAAAUGGAUCUUGGAUAACUUAUUAUGAAUUAUCUAAUCAAGAUAUUUGGAUUAAAUAUAGUACUUCAUUUUACUGGGCAACUAUGACUAUGGUAACUGUUGGAUAUGGAGAUAUUACACCCAAAAAUUAAACAGAAAUGAUUUUUUGCGAUAUUGCUAUGUUUUUAUCCAGUUGUGUUUUUGCAUAUUCUAUGAAUUCAAUUGGUAUAAUACUCAAAAAUAUUAAUGAUAAGAAAGUUAAUUAUAAGUAAACAAAUUUUAUAUGUCUAGAAAGAGUACUAUCAUUCUUAAUUAAUAUAUGAAGAAGAAUGAUAUAUCUAAUCAUAUUCAAGACAAAAUUAGAAAUUAUUUAAAAUAUCAAAUCAAUAAUGAGUAUAAUGAAAUUUAAAAGGAUGCUAUUAAAAUAUUAAAAUAAUUACCAAAAGGGAUUGAACAAGAGAUAUCUUAGAAUAUUAAUAAUAGAAUAUUAUAGAAAAUUAAAGUAUUCGACCAAUUCACAAAAUGGACAAAAUCCGAAUUGAUUGACAAAAUUGAGUUAAUUAGUUAUACUCCGGGAGAAUAUAUAUUUCAUUAAGAUACUAGUCAAAAUAUUGAAUUGUAAAAAAUUUGAUUUAUUUUUUCUUCAGAUGUUAUGUAUAUUAAGGGUCUGUAGAUAUUCUGGAAGAAUAUAGCUAAUAGAAUAUUCAAUAAUUAAAAUAAGGAGAAGUAUUUGGUGAAUUUUAAUUUUUUUCUGGUUUCAAUCCUUAAACUUCAGCUAUAAGUAAUGGUUUUUCAAUCAUUGCGAAAAUUAAGAGAUAAACAUUUCUCAAAAUAUUAUAGGAUGUAAAAUAGGAUUAAGAAAAAUUUCAUUAAAUCAAAGAUAGAAUAAUUUUAUAUAAAGAUUAUAGUGAUCUUAUGAUUAGUUGUAAAUUUUGUAAAAAGAUAUCUCAUAUCUUUUAUCAAUGUCCUAUGUUAUCAUAUCAACCAGAUAUGGAAUCUAAAUUAAAAAAAGAAGAAUUGUGCCCACAAGAACAAAAUCGAUUUCCAUUUAAAAGAGUUAUUUCAAGAAAAAAAAAUUCAUUGUUUUUUUAAAAAGAAACAUUUGAUAAAAUUAAGGAAUAUCAAGAAAUUAAUGGAAUAGAUUACAUUGAAGAUAAUCUAUAAAGUGAAAUAUAAACUAAUUCAUUUAUUGAAGAAUAACUAUAUCAAGUUAAUGAGAUUUAAUAAAACAUGACAAAUAUAUUUUUGAUGCAUAAAAAUUCUCAGAUGAUGACAAGAAAUUCAAGAUUAUCAAUUAAUUAAAAUCAUUUUGGUUUUUGUAGGCCAUCAAUUGCUUAAACUUUCAAAGAAAAACAAAAUAAUAAAUCAAAUUAAAAUCAAUUAACUAUCUCAAAUCAUAAUAGCCCACCAAAAAAUUAAGUUGGAUCUAAAGGUUCAACUAAAUGGAAUAUGCUAGAUAAUUUUAUUGAUUAAUUACAAUUUCAUUAUUUAGACAUUGAUUGCCUCUAAGAAUAUGAAAUAUAUAUGAAACAUAAUAACUUUAAGUAAGUGAUUAAAGAAUUAAAUUAAAGACCUAAAUAUAUUCGAUAAAUGUUAAAGUUAUCAAAAUAUUCCUUUAAUUAUUAUGUCAAAGUCAUGGCUAUAAAAAUGAGAGAAUAUUUAAAUGAAGAUGAAAUAAUCGAAAAUGUAUUUAGUAAAUCUUUAAGAAAGAACUAAUGA